AUGGCUUACUGUGGCUCGCCAUGCGCUGUCCCAUCUUGUGUAUCCAGCCCAGUGGUUGGAGUGGGAUCAGCAGGUCUCAGCUUAGGCUCUGGUCUGGGUUAUGGCUGUGGAGGUUUUGGCAACAGAGGACUCAGUUAUGGAUAUGGAGGUCUAGGAUAUGGAGGUCUUGGAUACGGAAGUCUCGGAUAUGGAAGUCUUGGAUAUGGUUCUGGCUUUGGCUCUGGUUCGGGCACAUGGUCAGGCGCAACCUCAGGAGAGCUUGGCACUCUUGCUGGAACCAUCCCUCAACCUGUCAGCCAGAUUCCACCUGCAGAAGUUGUGAUCCAGCCACCUGCCUCCAUUGUGACCAUCCCAGGACCCAUACUCUCUACGAGUGGUGAACCAGUUUUUGUGGGCGGCAACUCUCCAUGUGCAGUUUCUGGUUCUGGGAUGGGAGGAGGCCUCUAUGGGGGUCUGGGGGGAGGACUUUAUGGGGGUCUUGGAGGUGGCCUUUCAGGGUCAUUGAGUUAUGGACUAAAGAGGGGAGGAUACCUUGGAAGAAGUCUUCUGGGUCGUCGUAGUAGCAUCUGUUGA